AUUUUGGAACGCAACCUACGACAUUUCAAAGUUACCAACGCUGAGAAACAAAUUCUCGAAUUCAAACUUGCAUUGCUUGUUUUUCUACGUGCUGAUGCACGAUAGAGGAUAGAAGCAAGGAUUUGCAUGCAAGUCAAAAGUACAAAAAAUGCAUGUAAAACAAAUCUGGUUUUCUUUAUAUAAUGAAUUUAUCAACUAUUAUGAAAUUUAAUAACAAUUAUGAAAGCUAUUUUUAUUUUCUUGCGUGGUCAUGUGCUAUUUUUUAUUCCGUAUAUGAGUUUUAUUUAUCGAAUAAAUAUUUUGAUAAUUAUUAUGAUGCAUACAAUGAUUUUGACAGAGGAUGGGCUUGGAUUGGAAAAAAACGAGAUAUUUCUGAUCAAGAGUGGCGUGCAUGGCUUGCAUUAGUAAACAAGCUAAUAUCAUGCACUUUUAUACAUCAUUUUUUUAGUCAGAUUAUUAAAGUCAAUUGUAACAAUAUGAUAUUGUGUUGUUGGUACAUCUUAUCAUCUAUAGCUUUUCUGUAUUAUUACAUAGGUUUAUUGGGUGCAUUAUGUGCUCUACUGCAACCUAGUCUUUUACACAUAAUAACAUAUAAAUGCAGUAAAGAUAUAGCAUGGUUAAUACAUGUUUCAUUCCUAUUUGUAAUACAUGUAUUAAAAAUACCGAAUGGUACUUUUCAAAACUGGUUAGGAUUUGAUGAUGAACAGCAUUAUAUUUUGACACUUACAAUAUGUUGGAUACAUUUAAGAAGUAUCAGUUACAAUAUGGAUAGCAUUGAUGAUAAAUUUCUCAAUUCAAAUAAUUUCAUUCAGAAAUUAGCAUAUUGUUUAUAUUUGCCCACAUUAUUUUCAGGGCCACUUAUUUUGUAUCAUGAGUUUGUUGAGUCUAUUAAUCAACCACAUCAAUAUUGGAAUUGCCAAAAACUACAGAUUUUUGUAUUAAAUUUAAUUAGAUACAUGUUCUGGUUAUAUUUGACUGAAUUGUUGCUACACUUUAUUUAUGUAAAUGCUAUACAAUAUCAUCCUCAGAUUGUGCAAAAUUUAAAUCCUUGGGCACUAUAUGGUUUAGGAUAUUGUAUGGGACAAUUCUUUCUGAACAAAUAUGUUGUAAUCUAUGGGAUUUCCAAGACUUUAUGUAAUUUAGAUAAUGUAAAAGCACCACCACCACCUAAAUGUAUAGCUAGGAUUCAUUUAUAUUCCGAUAUGUGGAAACAUUUUGAUAGAGGAUUAUAUAAAUUUCUUAUAAAGUAUAUUUAUAUCCCUAUACAAAAAUCAAAUGGAUGCUUUGGGAAACUGUUUGCAUCAUUUUUAUGUUUCGCUUUUGUUCUUUUAUGGCAUGGAAUACAAGUGAAUAUUUUUAUUUGGUCACUAUUCAAUUUCAUAGGAAUAGCCAUCGAAAGUAUAGGAGUAUCAAUUGGCAAAAGCAAACAAUAUCAUAAAGUAGAGAAUAUGUAUUUAUCCUUAAAAAAUAUUAGGAGAUUUCAUUGUAUAUUAGCAAGCCCUCUUUUAGCAAUGUCAGCAAUAUCUAAUUUUUAUUUUUUUGGAGGCCCAUCAAUUGGUAAUAUCUUUACAUAUAACAUACUAUAUGGAUCCUGGAAAACUUUAUUUAUUCUGUUUUUCUUUCUUUAUUGCUGUUGUCAAGUUUCUGUAGAUGUUAAAGAUUGGGAAUUCAAAGUUCGAAGUUUGACUUGAUUAAAUCGAGAUUGAAAUGCUUAUGCAUUUUUAAAAUACACAUAUCCUUCUCAUAUUUGUUCGCGUUUAAGAUUAUCAUCUAAGUUGUAUGAAUGGACGAAGUUAAGACGACAUACAUCAGUAUAACACCAAACACCUACAUAAUAUACAAUAUACAAUAAAUAGAUUUACAACAACA